AUGCAACUGCGCUGGAGCGGCCACCUGGUGCGCAUGGACGACGAGCGACUACCCAAGCGACUCUUCUACGGAGACGUCGCCACGGGUUAUCGCCGCCAAGGGGGCCAAAUUCGUCGAUACAAGGAUACUCUGAAGUUUUCCCUGAAGCGUCUGCAAAUUAACCCGACCAACUGGGAAGAGCUUGUUGUCGGCCGACUGAACUGGAGAAGGAAAGUGAACACAGGCGCUGCGAUCUAUAAGGCCAACCGAAUCGCCGCUGCCAAAGUCAAACGCGAAGCACGCAAAUCACAGGUACGUCCAAACCGCAAUUCCGACGUACAACCGCUUCCAACGUGCCCUCGGUGUCAACGGAUAUUCCGGACACGAAUCGGACUCAUUGGACACCUUCGGAACAACUGCACCUCCCAUACCGCACCCACUGCCGUCCCUCCGCCCGCCUCUUUUUCGUCCUUUCCGCCGCCAACUAAUUCUGCCUAUUCUUUUGAACCAUCACUUCCAUCCUCCUCCUCCUCCCCUCCUCCUCCUCCUCCUCCUCCUCUUUUUCUUCUUCUUCUUCUUCUUCUUCUUCUUCUUCCUCCCCUUCCUCUUCCUCCUGCCCAACUGCACCAACCGCGGCCGCUCUGGUGGCCGUCACUAACACCAGCAUCACACACAUCCAUGACACAACAACAGACACCAUCCCUCCAGCCUCCCACUCCCGGGGUGAGGACCAGGACUACACCUGCCCUCACUGCGACCGCACCUUCACCUCACACAUCGGCCUGCUCGGCCACUUGCGAAUCCAUCGCACAGAGACUGGCAAGCCAGUGCCAGGAGCACCUACCUACACCCAUCGCACUCGCCUCCGCUGCCCACACUGCCGUCACACCUUCACGCAUUGCAUGGGCCUAUUCGGCCACAUGCGCAUUCACGAGAGCGGAAUUGACCGUCCUUCCGACUCGCCCACCACGCCAAACCACAUCCCCAGUUCAUCACCCUUUGCGCCCAUAUUCGUUAUCGCAAGUGACACCGACAACACCGACUUUACCUGCUGAGACUGUCCACACACAUUCACCUCUCGCAUCGGCCUGGUUGGUCACUUGCGAAUCCAUCGCACGGAGACUGGCGAACCGGUGCCUGCAGCACCAACCUAUGCCCGCCAAGCUCGCCUCCACUGCCUACACUGCCCUCGCACUUUCACGCAUCGCAUGGGCCUAUUCGGCCACAUGCGCAUCAACAACGACCUGCGGUAGACAACCGCCGGCUAAAUCACGCACGCCAUAACACCCUCCCUGCAUGCCUCCACCACCACCACCACCCCACUACUCAUCGACACUCACCCACCGCAAGCACUCAACUGCCACCUCCCACGCAAAUGGGAAGUGUGCAUCUCGACUCGGUCCCCAUGCGGCCUCAGCUGCACGGGUGACUUGAAUCUGAGACUAUCCCGACACGUCAAGUGUCGUGGAUAGGAAGGCUGCUGAUUGACGCCCGCACUCGGUGCACGCAGUUCGUUGCGUUGUGUGUGUGUGUGUGUGUGUGUGUGUGUUGAGUGAAGUGGCGGACUGGUGGGAUGAGGGCGGGCUGAAACAGCACCUACCACGGCCCUCUCGCGCAAAUGAGAUACACGCCGUUCAAUCCCCGUUUGGAUCCGAGACAGGCGUUGGCGGCACGCUUAGGUGCGGCUUCGGCCAUGUCAGCCUCCAAUCUCGUUUGUGUUGGUCAAAAUCCUGGUCAUUCGUUGUGUGUACCAGAGGGUGUGGUGGAACACGAAGGUGAAGAUCCGUCCGAGCCAUCCACCUGCGGCCUCCAUCGUCUCCGGUCUUCUUGACUCUGUCUUGACACCGGGCGCGGGCGAUGAAGGAGGGGAGAGUGUAGGUAGAUGCAGCGCAAGUCUACCAACACCAUAAACCCCUGCGCAAGUCACUGUCACUACUCCCACCGCUACAGCAGCUGUGGGGCACGCGGUGGACAUCAUCGAAAUCGAUGGUCGAAUUAUCAUUUGUGAGUGUGUGUGUGUGUGUGUGUGUGUGUGUGUGUGUGUGUGUGAACCUCGACGUCAUCGGCGACUGCUAUGGUGUGACCGCGCGUCAGCGAAUAUAACUGGUCUUCUGUCUUUACAUACCCGCCGUUAUCGCAGUUGCAAUUCCUUAUUUCAGCUUCACAUCGGCACUUUCCACGACUCCACACCCCCUUUGCGGACAGCGCUGCAUUCCACACCGGUUGUUUAGCUGGUAUGUUGGAAUCGCCUCCUCACACAGACAUACCAUCCCUUCUGCUGUAAAUCACAUUCCACUUUGUAUCAUUUGACAUCAGAAUUGAAGGAGAGUGAGAUCAGAAUUGAAGGAGAGAAUUGGGAGAGGAGAGAAAGGGCUGAAGAUCAAAAAUGGACAAAUAAUCCAGACAAAGGGGUCUCUCCUGUGGUCAGAACCCGUCACAAUGAAGGCCGGGCUUCUCCAACGAAUCAGUCAUUGAGGGUUAUAUCCGCAAAUGUUCAAAGUCUCUUCAACAAACUAGACGAACUAAGAGACUUAGUUGAUGAAAUAAGGCCAGACACUAUGACAUUAACAGAAACGUGGCUUACUGAAGAUAUCGCAGAUUCAGAAAUAUCACUCAGAGGAUAUCAGCAAUUCAGGAGAGAUAGACUAAGCCGAGGAGGAGGAGUCAUGAUUUAUGUCACUUGCAAGCUGAACGCUGUGGCUGAUGUACAUAGACCGGUACGGGAUGUGGAACUGCUAAGCGUUAACAUAUCUACUAAGAAUGUCCGAUAACUGACGCUUUCGGUGGUGUACCGUUCACCUAUCCAUACUUCUGGCCAAGAUCUCAUGCUCAUAUCCGAACUGUACAAAGCUAGCGAGAAGAAAGAUGUCCUUAUCCUUGGGGAUUUUAACGCGCCUGGCAUUGAUUGGCUAACGUGGACUGCACAAGGGCCGCAAGACAGCUUUAAUCACAAGCUACUACAAUGGGCAACGGAUAAACUUCUCUGCCAGAAUGUUACCUUUGGAACACGGGUCAGGGAAGGACAGCAGUCGAACUGCCUUGAUCUUAUUUUUACCCGAGAGGAGGAAAAUGUGUUAGACCUGCAGGACCGACAGCCAUUAGGGUCAAGCGACCACAUCACGCUCUACUUCGAGUGCUCACUGUUUUCCAGACCUCUGGAAAGGGGACUAUUCUCUCAUGAGGAGGGAAGCGGCAGCUAUAUCACGGGAGACCGAACUGCAUGGUCGAGCAAACGACAAUUGGAAUACUUUCAGUUCCUUACUGAAAGAGAUUGUUUAUUCCAAUUGUCCUCUCAGAAGAAAUACAAUCACAAACCGCCCAAAAUGGAUAAACCCGGACUUGAAGGCCUCUUUCAGAAAAAGGAAUCGUCUGUGGAGGCGUUACUGACAAACUGACUCCGAAGAACACUUACAGGAAUAUAAGCGGCAACGAAGCGUUUCUAAAAGUGAGGCCUCAAAGCUGCGAAAGAAGUUUGAACUGAACAUUCUCCGAAAUUCGUUGGAGCAUCCGAAAAUUCUAUAUGGUUAUAUACGAAGUACUAAAAGGACUCAGGAGCUGAUCCCUGCUGUUAGGUCUGCAGAUGGGAAAGUGGAGACUGAUGACCAGGUUAAAGCGUCCCUACUUUCCGACUUCUUUCAGUCCGUCUUCACCCGAGAACGUACUUCUAUAUUUGCCCAUCCAUCCAUUCGCCAACCAACCUCUCCUCAUAGUAGCCUUCCCCCUCCUAUUCCCUCCCUACCCUCCUUAAUCGAGGAACCACUCUUCUCAUCGACCAUAGUUAGGAGCGAGCUACUCCGGCUGAAACCUGCCAAAUCGCCUGGACCAGACAGAAUUCCUGCACUAGCAGUUCGUGAACUUGCUAAUGAAUUGUGCGAGCCCUUAUCCGCAAUAUUUCAAAAGUCAUUUGAAGACGGCGAGCUCCCGGAAGAAUGGAAGUGCGCCCUCAUUACUCCGAUCCAUGAAAGAGGUUCAAGACUUGACUGCGGAAAUUAUCGUCCCGUCAGUCUUACUUGCAUCGCGUGUAAAAUAAUGGAACACAUUAUCAAAAGACACUUGAUGAAAUACCUGGAACAGAACAAAAUAUUGUGUGAUGCCCAACAUGGCUUUUGUCCAGGGCGGUCCUGCCUAACGAUUAUUUUUUACUCGCACGAGAAAUGGACACGAGCUACCGAUAAGGGUUUUCCAGUAGAUGUCAUAUUUUUUGACUUCAAGAAGGCCUUUGACAGUGUCCCACACAGGCUAUAUGCCAGCGCCAAUCUCGUGCAUGUUGUCGACUCCGGACAUCGUGUGGACCCCAACGAAGCUUUUCGUGUGAUUUAUAAGGUCCCAUCGAGCUACCCUAAGCUACUAGGUCAGCGCCUGUUAGCGACAGCGGAAGCGGCCACCAUUAGGUUACGAAAGCCAACCGUAUGUGCACAGAAGACCCACAUUCAGGCUCCGCGCCUACAGUGAUCGAAGGUUGACUAACGGUGCAACUCCGCCCGCGCACUUCCGCUCUCACCCCACCUCUGAUAAUAAGUACUAUUACCCCCCCUACCCCCCUCCCCCACAUUCCCACACCCCGCCUGUGUUUUACAGAGAACUUUUAUCGAUUUCUCUUAUCGUUGACCUGUUUGACUUCUACCCCGUUCCUACAUAACUGUACUGGCCCGACGAGAAUUUACCGAAAAUACGUAUGCUCGCCACCUCUUCUUCUGAUUUUUUUGAUGUGCUAAUUUCACUGUCCUUGGUAAAUAUUUUUGUUUCAUUUGACUGUUUCUACUCCUACGUUGGAUGAGAUCGAUUACUCGUUUAGCAACUCUCUUCAGAUCAGCAUCAGUCAAUAGCUAUAUCUAGAACUCCAGUGUAGCGACCGAGCAAGUAGCGGAUGUCGAAUCACGAGGAAUGAAAGAAGGGGAUGAUGGUAGCUUGAACUCAGAUGGUCCAGUCGAUUGGAAAAUUCAGUCUAAAAGGCCUUACACUUCAGAUUGGACAGGCCUACAGGACAUAUUAUAGACAGCACAGAUGCUAAAAAGAUAUAAGUUUAUUCGAAUAUGCAAAAAUGGGAAAGUACUAAUAAAAGAGACUACGGAAGAACGAAAAAUACAAUGGAACGACUUAUCGGGAGGGAUUGACAGUUAUUCGUCCGCACGUGGAUUCGGGAGCGUAGAUCCUGCAAGGCAAACGGAAGAAGCGUGUCCUUAGUGUCCCAGUACAUUAAAACACUCAAGGUCAGAUCCCUGUAACGUCCGUUCCAGACUGGCCAGUAGGGGACGAAGCGAUAUUGGAUUGGGAUAGCUUCCUCUUCUUUACGACCGGAGGAUUAAGUUGAGGAUCUGAGCAUGAAACGUCCUACAUUCUUCACAGGCAGACUCAAGCACAUCAGGGUUAGGCGUUAGGAGGUGGAAAGAGUGUAGGUAGGUGCCGAAGGUAAGGUUUAUUGUAACAGAGUAUAUAAACGUGGGUAACGUCAGUAGAAAGUGGAUAACGAAUUGAACAUAGGAACCAACAAGAUAGAUGACAUCACGGAGGUAUGUACAUACAUCAGAGAAAAAGGUUAACCCGGGAAAAGACAAAGGGUGCAAAACAAAAGGUAACAAUAAUCAACAAAAGAACAAACGUGUAAUAAACAAGGGCGGGACUUAUCGGGUACACCGAUCAGCGGCCUUGAUCGCGUCCACGUGGUGAGCUUGGCCCGGGGUUUUCUACAAGAUCAGUAUUCACUUGAUUAGCAAAACAAGGUUAGACCCCUAUGCUCUAUCUUGGCUGUUACACUCCGACUGUUACACCAGGUUAUCUUCGGCCUCUAGACACUCGCGGAAAAAUCUAACCAAUAACCGAACAGGCUUUGGUAACCAACAGUGAACGCGUGGGUUCUGGCGACCCUAUAAGAUUUCUCCUGCGAUUAGGCCAGUCUGUUCAUCCCCAAAUAGCCAAUCGUAACCAGCCCACGCAACAUAAUUAGUAGGCUCUACGGUAAGUCCUGGCUAGAAGUAUUGUAGUUAUAUACACCAGAAGGCCUUGCUUAAGGCAGCUGCCUCAGGCAGCGGCAUAAGAUCGGCGAAACACGCGUGUCUGGGCUUUUAGCUAAUACCUGUGUUGUUAGUGCGGUAAAUCAUUGCACAAAGAAUUUGGUGUCACAUAUCUGCCCAGAUACCAUAUGCGCAUGGUGUUUUCGUGUAUUUAGGGUUUCUUUAAAGCGUCACCGUAAUUAUGCGUGGUUUAAUAAAGUAUGUAUUUACUACGUACGCGCGGCACUGUAACGUCCCUUGAUCUGAACAGGGUUGUUUGAGUGGUGUGACACUUAUUAUACGCAUUUCCCAUGCCCAUCUCGUUAUAUUACACUGUCCCUUACCCGACGUGCCUUCUUCUGCCGUGUGUGGAUGCGUAUCAAGAGGUGUUAACGGUUCUGUUCAGAUCCAUCUCCAUCAGGAUCUUCUGUCAGCGUUCUCUUGCUUUGGUGUGUGCCGCCCUUGACGUCCUGGGCCGCCACAGCACUACCCUCCCGUCCCAACAUCACCUAAAGAAUCCCCUAGAUUGGUCAUCUCGUAAAUCACACGUCCUCUAGAAUAGAAUUGAGUCGAAGUUAUUGCAUUUUUCGAUCUGCAUUUAUUGGAAAAUGGAAUAAUGCAGAACUAGAUCUAUUUCUCUUCUGACGUAUUCGCGUGCGCUGGGUUCGGUGACUAGCACGAUGGGCCUAUCAUUUGUUAUAAAUGAAAGACUAUAUAGACGAAUAUAUUCGUCUCUGAAGUACUUCAUUUGCGUUGUCUGAAUGACAUCGAUAACUUAGUGGCAGAGCAAAUAUGAUAGUCGUUCCUUCUGACCGUACGAGAUCAAACGCCUCUGCCAUGAUUCAGGGGCGCCUUGGUUUGUCCUUCGAAGAUCACAGCCUCCAAGGCAUUCGAACACUGUUAAACCUUUCAAAGGUGACGCCGUGUCACUGGCGCUUAGUAUCUACGGCCGAUCACAGGCGGGUCACUUCGACUGCUGACCCACCAUGUUUUCAACAUCUCACUAAAGUCCGUAUAAGAGCGUGCAAACGAUGCGAGUUAGUGGUUUUUAAGUCGUUUUGCAGCAUUAUCACAAGCGACCAUUGGAGGACACAAUAGGUUGCCGCGUUGCCACGUCCGUAGGGGAGGGAUUUCUGUACUUUUAUCGCCUGGAAUUCGUAGGGAAAACUAGUUUUGCUUUUUCAACAUAGCUAUUUGGCUCGGCGAUGGUCAUGUGUAGUUUAGCUGGCCUCAGAGAUAUCGAGAAUCCCACCACUUCACGUUUUGAUCCGCGGCAGCGCACCUGGGGAGUUCGAUCUACUCCCCGCUCAAGCGACAAACCGAGUACCGAGUCAACUCUAUGUGUCGACGAACUUUGCUGAACAAGAUUUUGAGCUGAUCUGUUCCACGUCUCCAAACGCGUACUGGCUUCCAGUUAAAAGUCAGUAACGCUGAGCUCGUCGGGUGGACUGCGCUGAACUUUUCCAGGCCACCUCAGCCGUCUUUCUUGGAUAGCUUGAGAUAUUUUCACUGCGUCGUAGUUAAUGCCAAUAGUCUCAUUCAAAACACUUUUGGUGCACUUCAUUAAAAUUAUGUUUCCCAGGCAGCCGUAGCUUAACCCCCGUUUUCGGCUCAUAUUCAGUCACACAGCCCAUCAUUCACAAUUGUCAAAAUGGCCGACCAAAUAGAUGUCCCGGAACAAUCUGAUUUUUUCGGUGAAGGGCAUAUAGCGUCAAGUCCGUAGACACCCAAGGAUUGCAAAAACCCUACGGGUGGCAUGGAUUCAGGAAAUACCACAGUCCUUACUCAGUCCGCUUGACAGAAACCUCGCCUCAAAAUAUUUAAAACUACCCGCUUCUUCAAACUGGCAACCAUGACACCCAUGAGGUGUCGUAGUCCAACCCGAUCCUCUUAGGACAAAUAGCCAGACUGCAAUGGCCAUUGAAUGUGCUGUGCUACCCUCACUCACAUGGGGUCCGAGCCGCCCAGUUUUUGCCUGUAAGAAAACCUGGUCCGUCGUGUGCAGACCAAGCGUUUGUGGCACGCACAGACGGGCUGUGCUGCCUCAUUGGCCAAUGCGCUCAUAUCCAUCCUCCAGUCUUCUUGACUCUAUCUUGACGCUGAGCGAGGGAGAGAGUGCGGUAGACGCAGCACAAGUUCACUACCAUUACCACGCGUAAGUCAUCGUCCCUGCACCCGCCAUGCUCCGAGACACACGGUGGACAGUUGGCAUAUCAAAAAUAAAAUGCGAGAUAAAACAACCGUUAAUGGGAUGGAAUUUGGUCGAAGCAAUAAGUUUGCAUGAUGGUACUUUCUUAUUGUCGAACAUAUUAUUCCAACACUGGCCUUCCCAGCAUUGUUCGAUAAGUCGACUGACUUAGCGACCCCGUUCGCAGACGACCAGCCGGUAUUCUGGUACAUACCCGACACCUAGAAAUCGGUCAGUUGUGUAGUUGGACAGGAUAGAGGACAGACUGCAAGAUUUUCGGAUAGCUGAAGGAGAUUGUUGUAGGCCAAGAUUAGCGCAGGGAUGAAACGACAAUCCUUGAUCUCAGCAAGAAUUUUUGCGAUAUACUAACUCUAUCAUCCGCCACAGUUGCCGACCAACGAAUCCUAACGAUACGGCGAAGUCAAGAAAUCAGCCGAACAUCGUUUGUUGAUAGCAACGACAGGAUUCAGGAAUGUGCGGCGUUACGAAUACUUGUUGGGUACAUUCACGUCCUAUGCGGCCUCGUUGUUUCUCGCCUUAGUCACGCACUGAAACCGCCUGAAAAUGACAAUAGAAAUCUGGACGUGACUCCUGUCUUAGUAGUCCUCACACCUUUUUGUCAUUCCUUCUGAAAAAGGACCCAGGAAUGCUCGAGCCAGUCAUUGACAACGACCCCAUCUUCCUACCCUUACACAAUCGUCCCGUGAAUUUAGGGCGUCCGUGUCGACAUGGGACUUUUAGAGUUCAGUGGGAAUCACGUCUUUCCGGGACUUUUUGUGAUACGCUCUCAGUAACACGUCCGCGACUUCUUCAGGACGUCACAGUACUUAGGUAGCUCAUAUACUUGUCUCCUGAACCACUGCACCAGGCUUGUGGGGUGCGUCAGUUUCCUUGAACGCCGUAGCGUAGGUCAUAAUGAUUUCUUGUGACAUCUGAGUCCGGGAAAAAUCCAAAUAGGCACCUGGAUUGUUUCAAGUUGUCUCUAGCGCUUUGGCUCAGAAACAGCUGCAAGCAGCCAGUGUCUAUCGGAGUUAUUUAAUUUCAGUUACUGGUCGCUGUCGUGCCUUGCGGUGUCUCACAAGGUAGUCGAAAUGCCAACCCUCCAUCCUUCGGCAUUUGUGGAACCCUUCACCAAUACAUCAGACACAACGUAGGCGGGCAUCUUGGCAAACGACCUAAAUGUUGACGAUGACUGUGUUAGUCUGUUGCAGCGGUUGCACAGUUGCCAUCCUGACGCACGAUGGGCUAGCAGAGCUCAAAUCGCCACUUCAGGAGGUGUCAUAUCAGCUUAAGUAUCCUUGUGGCGCCUUGUAAUGCGUUGCUGUCACACAGAAGCACACACGCACCCACACGACAGUUCGACCGUCGUUGCCGACGGUGUCUACCGUGUGCUCCGCAGCAGGGUAAUAGCUGGAACGAUGACUUGUGCAGGAUUUAGCUUAUAGUAGAUGUACACUUGCACAGCAUCGACCGCAUUCCUCUCCUCCCCCACCUGGACCCGGUGUCAAGACAGAGUCAAGAAGACCGGAGACAGGGAAGGGCGCAGGUGGAUGGCACGAUCGAGCCCGUACCUUGGCGUUCCACUCCACAUCCUUGGUCCACGCAGCAAAAGACCAGUUUUUUCACCAACAACACUCACAACCCAACAAGAGUCAGAAGGACGAGGAUGAUGACUGGGCAGCCAUGCCCACCACCUCUAUACCCAGCGGGAGCGCAAGCGCAUUUACCGGCAGGGAGCCAGGUGUCCGGGAACUGCCACCCUUUAACCUAGAAGGGCGACACGUAACCUUGCAUUUAGCCUGGGCCGCCACCCCUCAAGGUUGGGCAACCAAAAAGUUGUCAACUGAGAGGCACUACCCAUAAAGCUCACACACAAACACUCGCCUCACAUGCGUGUAUGCCACAGAUCGCUUGAUAAGUGGCCGUAACAGCCUGGCCCUCAGCCCACCACUCCGCCACUCCACAUAACACACAAUUGGGCAGACUGCAUGGACUGAGUUGGGGUGUCAGUCGGCUGCCUUCCGGGCCACUGCGAUCCACGCACCGUCUUCGUCUCAGACUCGGAUCACACAUGCGACAGGGGAGCCGCAUGGAGGAGUUAAGACGCACACUUCCCACUUGCGUGGGCGGCGGGUGAUGUUGAUGUACGGUGAGAUGCUGGUGAGGGAGGACGUGGUGGUGUGGUGCAGCCGGCAGUUGUCUACUACAAGUUUUCGUGGACGCGCAUGUGGUCUAAAAGACCCAUACGGUGAAUGAAUGUGCGAGUGGAAUGUGGACAGUGGAGGCGGAUGCGGUUAGUGUAGGUUGGCGCUCCAGGCACUGGUUCGCCAGUCUCUGUGCGAUGGAUUUGCAAGUGACCGACCAGGCCGACGCGUGAGGUGAAUGUACGCGGAAAGUGCGGACACGAGAAGUCGGCGGUAUCAGGUAUCAGCUUCGUUGAUGAAGAUGGUGGAGCUGGUGGGCGCGCUGGGCGACGGAGUGUGGGUUGGGCUGAGCAUGGUGGGUGGCCCCCCGUCACCAACGAGCCUGUUAGUGCUCAGAUUACCCUGUGCCCUGAGACCACUGAAAAUCAGUCCCCUUGAUUUGAACGCCCCAUACCUAUGAAUAUUUAUUUCUAUGCGGACAAAUGGGUGAGUUGCCUUCUCUAAUGCACGCCAAGACUUUCUUCUGUGGACGAUCGCAGGUUUAGCCGUAAGGUUGUCGGAUUUCACAGUUCACCGCAUAAAAACUACUAACCUGUGGGAAUCCGGCCUGGACAUGCUCAACGUUCGGCUUGGUGAGAACUCACGCCCUCCAAUCUCGUUCAAAUAGUAAAACGCGCUCAAAACACGUCUGGCCUCCAUUCGCCAGGGUCUUUAUAAUAAAAGUGUGCUUUUCAUCAGGUAGGGCUCGAGUUUCUUUUAUUUAACUAAUAUUGGAAGUACUGUUCGGUGUCCUAUCCUUUUAGUCUAUUCGGCGGCAACCACAAACUUGUUUGAUGUUUCUUUAAGGUUGCCAUCAACAGACUAUCACCAAACCUUCCCAAUUAA